UCUGCUCCACGCGCGCGCGCACUGUUCACUUCCGUGCAGGGUUUUGCGUGAGCAGCUGAACUUGCGUUUAUAAAUGCCUCUGAAGAGAGCAGUGAUUGUGCCUGGAAACGGCGCAGGGAACAUCGAGCACUGUAACUGGUAUGGAUGGGCAAAGCAACGAAUAAACGAGAUUCCAGAUGUAUCUUGUACGCUGAAGAACAUGCCGGAUCCAGUGACUGCCAGAGAGAGCAUCUGGCUGCCGUUCAUGGAGAAGCAGCUGAAAUGUGAUGAAGAAACGCUCAUCAUCGGACACAGUUCAGGAGCCGCUGCAGCCAUGAGGUACGCAGAAACACACCGAGUUUUCGCGGUUAUUCUGGUAGGUGCGUACACAUCAGACCUGGGAGAUGAGAAUGAACGAGAGAGCGGAUAUUUCAGCAGGCCAUGGGAAUGGGAAAAGAUGAGAACAAACGUGCAGUACCUAAUUCAGUUCGGAUCUACAGAUGACCCCUUCCUGCCCUGGGAAGAGCAACAGGAAGUGGCUGAUGGACUAAAGACAGAUCUACAUAAAUACUCAGACCGCGGACAUUUCCAGAACACAGUCUUUCCAGAGCUCAUCAAUGUAAUAAAAAACCUCAAAACCAACAGCUAAAAACAAGAGCUCACCCUUCAUGCUGUGUAGGGGCCGAAUGAAUCAUGUAUCUUCAAGAAGGGAUGGAUUUUCCUUUAUUUUCAAUAAAAGUAUCUCAUGUAAAUCUUCAAA